AUGGACGCCUGCUCGUUGUAUCCUCCGAACAACUGCUCUUUCAGCGACGAGGUGAUUCGAAACGUAAUUCAGCGUACCAACCCUACCAACAUGAGCUACAUUGUCCAAGACGAAUCCGAUCCUGCCUCAACAUUUACUCAGUCCAGCAAAUAUAUCUCGCGUGCAUCUACUAAAAGGACAUUCAGAUCGACAGCAGAUAUCUUGCCAUCUUCGAGGAAAAGGCGGAAAGUGACUCCAGAAGAACUCCUCCGACGCAAAAUACGCCGCCGAGAGGUUUGUCGAGUGAAUCAGCAGCGAUACAUGAACAAACAGCGCCAGCUACUGGCGGAUCUAGAAGAUGACAUUUGCAAACUUCAAGAGGAUAUCAAGGGCCUUGAGUUGCAGCAUCACAGCGUGACAGUGGGUAUUCCAACGCAACAGACUGUCUGGAGUGUUGCAGCGGAAUAUUUCCGAUUGUUCCGCCACGGGUUCAGAUCACCACCAGAGGCCCUGGACGCUUUUGCACUGAAAUUCCUAAUGGUAUCAAUGGCGCCGGACGUUACAAAUGGCUUUGAGUGCGGACCUCAGGCUCUGUUAAGAAACUGGAAACUCUUUUCGCUCUGCUUCGAGGACGUCUAUGUUCAAGUGGGGCGCUUGGAGACCGGAGCUCUGUUCGAUUCUCUGAUUGCUAGUACCACCACAAGCAUUACGAUUUCCAGCAAUACGCUUCGACAAGCGUUCCCGCAUCUGAAUAGCGACGGACAUGGCGGUGUUAGAGGCGGGGCGUGGUGUCCGCUUGCAGUUAAACUGCUGGGUCGCCACCUUGUCGUGCAAGGUUCGGUAUCGUUCGACUGGGACACGCAGACGGAUCGAGUAGUGAAGGUCGUGACCCUGUUAGACUUGGUCACGCCAAUGUUGCGUCUAUUCGGUAGUCUCGAAGACGUGAGUCGUGUGUUUGAAAGAGCUCUAAUCACUCCAGAGGGCAGAGUGUACGGAGCGGAGCACUGUUUCGUUUAG